AUGGAUAAUGGCGUACCCCAUAGCGCACCCGACGGUCAAUAUCUGGUGAACGAAAUCCGUACAAAUGGGCCAAAACUGGGCCUAAAGUUGGGUUUCGUGUGGAAUCGGACCAAAUCUGAGGACUUGUACGCCAGUGUCGGAGGCGAGAGACGGCUAAUACUGGACGAGUUGAGCCAUUUUGACAGAUAUCCGGUGGAUAUGAUAGUAGAAGUGUCUCAUCCAUGCGUUAUCUACGAGUUUGGCCACAAAUUCAUUCAACACUCAGACCUUAUGGUUAGGGAUAUAUAACACCCCAUAGAGAGUACAAACCCAUAACCGCUAUAAUAAUAAUAAACUAGCACUUCCUGCCUAUCCAUCAAAAUAUAAC